AUGCAUCGCGGCGAAGGUCCGUGAUGUGGAAAUCGUUUCUGACAUCUUUCGGACCGACCACCGAGAUGCCGACCCCGCGCUUCCUGGCGGCUAUCCCCACCUUUUCCACCAUCCCACUCGUUCCAAGUCGGGGUUCUCGCCGACGGAGAAACAUCAUAAGCCGUAGCUGUGGCUCAAAUUCCGUUGCUUUGAUCAGACCCUGUGCGUAAACCCUACACACAUCUUACGAACAUUAGCACCAACAAGCAGAACCCUGUACACGAGUCAGCAAUAUGAGGGUUGUCAUCACCGGAGCCGGCGGCUUUGUCGGCCAGAUUCUAGCGCAGAAGCUCAUCGAGACCGACUCUUCCACAUCACUAGUCCUGGCCGACGUUAAGGAGCCACCAAAUCCGACGGCGUCGAAGGACGUGAAGACUAUUGCGGCAGACUUGACAGAUCCCGCGGCGGUCGACGUACUGUUUGAGCAAGCGCCAGAUGCGGUGUAUAUACUGCACGGCAUCAUGUCGAGUGGUUCGGAAGCCAACCUCGGUCUGGGGCUGAAAGUCAAUUUUGACAGCGUGAGGCAUCUGAUCGAUGUCGCUCGCGUCAAACAGCCUGGUGUCAAGAUCGUCUUCACAAGUUCUUGUGCGGUCUUUGGCCGUGCGGCUGUCAAGAACGUGGCAACCGAAACAGACAUUGUGCCCAUGCCUGAGAGCAGCUAUGGCACACAAAAGCUCAUGAUCGAGUUCCUGGUCAACGACUACUCCCGCCGAGGUCUUAUCGAUGGACGUGUGGUCCGCCUGCCGACCGUAUUCGUACGAGCUGGAGCUCCUACAGCAGCGGCGUCGUCUUUCGUCUCUGGAAUUGUACGCGAGCCUGUCAAUGGGGAGGACUCUGUGCUUCCAGUCGACCCCAAGAUCGGCAUUUGGUUGACAUCGCCACGUGCUCUGGCCAUCAAUCUUGUACACGCCAUCAAGGUACCGGCCGAGAAAUUUGGUCACUUCCGACAAGUGCUGCUUCCUGGCUACACAGCGACGAGCGGUGAGAUCCUAGACGCUUUGGAGAAGGUUGCUGGAAAGGAGGUUCGGUCACGAGUCACAGAGAAGAUAGACGAGGGUAUCCAGAAAAUCGUAUUGAGUUGGCCGGCGAAGUACGACACGGCAAGAGCAAAAGAGCUUGGCUUUACGGAAGAUGUUGGUUUGGAGCAGACCAUCAAAGAUUUCAUCGAAGGCGAGAAGCAGAAGAAGUAAGAUGAUGAAUUGAGUAGUGCAUGCACGAAGCUAGACACUCACAUGAAUAUAAUGUCCGCACGCACUCUCUCCUUCCACAUACGACCAUAGGACGUUGAAAACAAGGCUUCCCGUUCGCUCAGCCCUAUUUAAGCAAC